GGCUUAGCCAGAGCAAACCCAUUCUCCAUUCUGUUUUUCUUCCUCCUUUGUUUAAUCCACCCACCAACGCUCCGAUUACUUGCUUUAAUCCUCCUGUUACUACCAUGGCGGCUUCGGCUAUCAGGAACCCUAGCCCCGCCUCCGCAGCCGCCGUUGCCGCGUCGAGGUCGGCGGUGUCCACCUCGCGCUCGAUCCUGCGGGUUCCGGCGGCAUCGAGGAGGAGCCUGGUGGUGGCGGCGGGAAUGCGGCCGGCGAAGGCGGUGGCGGCCGAGGCGCCGACGCCCGUGGCGGAGCGGGUGAACGGGGCGGAGGUGGCCAGGCCCGACGCGAUGGGGAGGUUCGGCAAGUUCGGGGGGAAAUACGUGCCCGAGACGCUCAUGCACGCGCUCACCGAGCUCGAGGCCGCCUUCCACGCCCUCGCCGACGACCAGGACUUCCAGACCGAACUUGAUGGUAUCCUCAAGGAUUACGUCGGCCGCGAGAGCCCUCUGUACUUUGCUGAGCGCCUGACGGAGCACUACAAGCGUGCUGAUGGCACUGGCCCGCUGAUUUACCUCAAGAGGGAGGACCUUAACCACACCGGUGCCCACAAGAUCAACAAUGCUGUGGCUCAAGCUCUGCUUGCCAAGCGGCUCGGGAAGCAGCGUAUCAUCGCUGAGACUGGGGCUGGCCAGCAUGGAGUUGCCACUGCCACGGUGUGUGCUCGCUUUGGGCUGCAGUGUGUCAUCUACAUGGGUGCGCAAGAUAUGGAGAGGCAGGCGCUUAACGUUUUCAGGAUGAGGCUUCUUGGAGCUGAGGUAAGGGCAGUACAUGCUGGGACUGCUACUCUGAAGGAUGCUACCUCGGAGGCCAUCCGUGAUUGGGUCACUAACGUAGAGACCACACACUACAUCUUGGGCUCAGUUGCUGGACCGCACCCAUACCCGAUGAUGGUGAGGGAGUUCCACAAGGUGAUUGGCAAGGAGACCCGUAGACAGGCAAUGGACAAGUGGGGCGGCAAGCCUGAUGUGUUGGUUGCUUGCGUUGGUGGUGGAUCAAAUGCCAUGGGGCUCUUCCAUGAGUUUGUUGAUGACCAAGACGUGAGACUGAUUGGAGUGGAGGCUGCUGGUCAUGGUGUAGACACUGACAAACAUGCUGCAACUUUGACAAAGGGCGAGGUCGGAGUUCUCCAUGGAUCUCUGAGUUAUGUAUUGCAGGAUGCCGAUGGACAAGUCAUUGAACCCCACUCUAUCAGCGCUGGGUUGGAUUACCCUGGUGUUGGACCUGAGCACAGUUUCUUGAGGGAUAUUGGACGUGCUGAAUACGACAGUGUGACAGACCAGGAGGCAUUGGACGCUUUCAAGCGCACCUCUCGGCUGGAGGGCAUCAUCCCUGCCCUGGAGACGUCCCAUGCGCUCGCCUACCUCGAGAAGCUCUGCCCGACGCUCCCUGAUGGGGUGAGGGUGGUGCUGAACUGCAGUGGAAGAGGAGACAAGGAUGUCCACACAGCCAGCAAGUACCUCGAUGUCUAAAAACUCCAGCCAGAGAGGCUAAACAAUGGGUAGCUUUUCCAUUAGCAGUUUUGAAAGCCAAGAAUGAGAAAAACAAUUGCUUAGUGUUCUUUGGGUAUAUGAGUCACAAAUAAUACCUGGAAGUGUGGUCAGUUGCUAUAGCUAAAUUAGCUUGUCUUGUUCUCUUGUAUCUGAAUAAAAUUGUUGUCUGUUGAAGUUUAUAAAUAAAGGCUCGUCAUGUGCUGUGCAUUAUUUACUCUGAAA